AUGGAUUCUGUUCCUCCUAAGAAGAGGCGGCUAAUGGAGAGGCUCCCCACCAUCGAGCCCAUGGAGGUGGACCCUCCCGAGAGCGAUGAGGAGCCCAUGGAGGUGGAUCCGCCUCCAUCAGGGCAGAGUCACCAUCAGCCCAUCGCUCUUGGGAAGUGGCAGAGGAGAGCCAGACCCAGAGCCCACCCCUACUACUGGAGUGGCCUGAGGUCCGGUCCACCUCCUGGCAGGGUUGGAAGAUCAUGGCAUGCCUGUCAGUUCAUGGAUGACUGUCAGUUCGAUUUACUAACAGAAAAGCUAGGGGUAGUUGAUGGAGGACUAAAUUACCUCAUUUUUCUAGCAAUAUCGGAAGGAAUCAGCAUUCAUGACAGCAAGCUCUCUUAUUUUGAUUUCCUGAGAGCAAUUGAUGAUGGCAGAGCAUCUAAAUACCAACAGAGACAAAAGCAAGCCACACCACCUGCAAGCUUUGCAACGCACAGCUUAGAGCAGACCCUAAUUAAGAUAAAAGAAAUAGUUGCAUCAUCUUGUGAUUUGUUGUACAAGACAUCAGCAUCCAGCCAUCCUCAGACAACAACAGACUGUUCUGCACCUGUCCCUAACUGGGAAGAAAUAGAAAAUAAGAUAAGAAAGAAUAUCCAGUGUUCCUGGAGAGACAUACUGAAGCUGUGUCAAGAGAAGGAUGUCAGCGAGAUAGGAGAAAUCCCAUUGUCCGACUUCCUAGAUAUAGCAGGGAAGUUCCAUUUGGAGUUAAGCAAAGAAGAAAUUAACCAAAUAACAACAAAAUACGAUAUCAAGAAAAAUGGAAAAAUUGCAUACUAUGACUUCUUUCAGAGCUGUGUCUUGUUGUUAAAACCACAGAAAAGCACGCUGCUACAAAGAGUGAUUAUACCGAAGCCACAAAAACCGAUGAGUCCUGGACCACAGUCUGUGUUGUUCUACAGCACAAUGCUGAGAAUUCAGCCCCAGAUCUUGCACUGUUGGAGACCAAUGAAGCGCACUUUUAAAUCCUAUGACGAAAGUCGUACUGGACUGUUAAAUGUUGCAGAUUUCAGACAAGUUCUUCAUGAAUACAAAAUCAACCUAUCGGAAGAAGAGCUGUUUAACAUUUUGGAAUACUAUGAUAAAACUGUAUCUUCAAAAAUAUCCUACAAUGAUUUUCUCCGGGCAUUCUUACAGUAG